UCGCUGCUGUACUUUCUGCCUCCCUGUCCUGCUGUCUGUUCUGUACAGAAGAUCUUAAUAGGGAAAAGGUUUCCAGUGACAGCACUUUCUUUCCAUGAAGAUAAAGCCUGACUUCUGUCUAAAUUCCACUUUGACAAGUUUUUUCCUUUUCUGCCGGCGUCCCCCCCCCAUCAGGCUGCUGUGAUGCACCCCCCUUGCUAGUGUGUCUCAGGGGGAGGGCUUCCCAUUAAAAUGUGAAUCACUAGGCUCCUUCUGUAUCCCCUGCCUACUCCUUGCUGUGCUGCCUGCUUUCACUGGACACGUUUUUUCAGCGCUGGAUUCUUAGGAUUUAUUUUCCGGAGGAUCCACAAGACACUGGGAUUUGGCCGCUGCAUUGUCUGAACCUCGCUCCCAGCAAGCAUGGCAGAGCAAGCGGGAUGUGAGGGAGCCGUAGACUGGGAAGAGAGAUGUAUGGCCCUGGAAGCCCAGCUGAUGAAGUUUCGUUCGCAGGCGAACAGGAUCCGGGAAUUACUGGCAGAGAAGAUGCAGCAGCUGGAAAGACAAGUUAUUGAUGCGAACCGUCAAGCGGAACAAGCGUACGAGCAGGUGCAGAUUAUGGAAGAAAAGCUGAAAGCUGCUGAUGUGAACACCAGCGAAUCAGAGAUGCGAUGGUACAAAAAGAGUCAAGAACUGGAGGUAUUGGUACAAGAGAAAGAUGAAGUAAUCCAGUGCUUGGAGCAAGAACUAGAAGAACAGAAACAAAUACGGUUGCAGGAAGCAAAAAUUAUAGAGGACAAAGCAGCAAAAAUUAAAGACUGGGUGACGGGAAAGCUGAGAGAGCUGGAAACUGAGAAUCAAAAUCUUCGCUUCAUCAACAAAAGUUUCAGUGAAGAAAUCAUUUCCUUGCGCUCCAAAUCACAAGAUCCAAAAAGUAAGAAGUCACCAGUCUGCUCCACGCCAAAGCAAGCUGAAGGUCAGCGUCUGAGCGGCCUCGCCUUUGGCUGCCUUCAAAACCGAGCAAAAAGUCCACAGCUGGACUCCAAAAAAGAUGAAAACAGCAACAAGCUGCCCAGUGAUGCUAAUGACCAUGGUGAGGAUAACGGUAUUAAUGAAAAGUCCCCCACAAGUCCCCAAUGGCAAGAACCCAUGGCAGCACAAAUGUCAUUGUUACAAAAUAAUGGUUCCAUGGAAAGACCAGGCAAUGGGAGAGUGGGAUCAAGUAUCCCUAGUAUUACCGUAAGCGACUGGAGCUCUGAAGAGGACAUUAAGAAACCUCAUGAUACCAGAUGUGCCUCCAGAUUGUCAAGCCAAACCUCAGAAGAAAGAAACCAAAACAAGAGACGAGGGAGUGACACAUAUCUAACAGCUUCAGAAGAAAGCAACUCUACCUGUGAAGAUGAUAAUCUGGGGUCACCUACCAGUGACCAAGUUCAACUUUACACUUUGCACAAAGGACUACAGAAAAGUAUCAAUUUUGGAGGCAAAAAAUAUUUCACAUUCUCAAGUCACAGGUCGAAACAGAACAGUUCUUCAGAUGACCUAAGCUCAAAAUCUCAGCCUUAUGAUUCCAACCACUCGUUCUCCUCCAAUGAUACCACCACUCCAACCCAAGCAUUUACCUCUACAAUGUCACCUAAGGUGUCUAACUCUACAGGACCUCAGUGUACUUCUCCUAAGGAUUCAGCCACCAACCUACCAUCGCCCAAACAACGAACGCCUAAUAUUUUAAAUAUAAACACAUCAACGGCCAAGAAGCAUCUGAGUCAACCUCAGAUGAGUUCAGAUAGGAUGUUUGGAAAGGACAGAAAUGCUAUCAGUAUGGUUAAACCCUACAGACCACAGGAGACUGACAUUGAUUUGGUUGAUGAGCAAGCUACUAAUAUUUUGCAGAAAAUGGAUACAGGAUAUGUUGAAGGAUUAUUUUCCUAUGACGUACCACAAAAUAAUACAUCAGAUCAGAAUGUGCUUUGUUCUCCAGAGAAGAUUACAUGUUCAAAACCUCCAACUCCUCCCUUACAUCGUUUUCCUUCUUGGGAAAAUCGGAUAUACGCCAUUGCUAAAUCUGGGAUGAGAAUGUCAGAAGUCUCGGUGGAUCCUAACAUCAAGAGUAUCUCGACAGCAUCAUGUCCCACAUCUGGGGUCUACACAUCUCUCAUAUACAAGAACCUAAGCACACCUGUCUACACCACGUUAAAAGGGAAGGCCACUCAGAUAAGCACUAGUCCCUUGGAGGACUCAUCGGGAUCUGAGGAGGAGCUGAGCUCACGGUCGAGUUCUCGGACUUCUGAGUCGGACUGUCGGAAUCAGAGUGAAGCGGGAAGUCCUCGGGCUUUGAAAAGAGGCAUCUCCUUUUCCUCCAUGACGUCAGACAGCGACUAUGCCAUCCCUCCCGAUGCUUAUUCCAUUGACAGCGAAUUCUCAGAACCAGAACAGAAGCUUCCAAAAACCUGCUCCUCAUCAAGUGACAAUGGGAAAAAUGAGCUAUUAGAGAAAUCUGGGUACUUGUUAAAAAUGGGAGGAAAAUUGAAAACAUGGAAGAGAAGAUGGUUUGUUCUUAAAGGUGGUGAACUGCUAUACUACAAAUCUCCAAGUGAUGUAAUACGAAAGCCCCAGGGUCAAAUUGAAUUAAAUUCCUCCAGUCACAUAGUGAGAGGUGACGGGAAGCAGACCGUGCAGUUGGUGACAGAGAAGCGGACGUAUUACCUGACAGCAGAUUCUCCGAAUAUCCUGGAUGAGUGGGUCAGAGUCUUGCAGAACGUCCUCCGCGUCCAGGCGGCCAGCGUGCUCUUCACGCAGCCUGACGUAAAGCCAACAGUAAAGGGGCUGCUAACAAAGGUCAAACAUGGAUAUUCUAAAAGAGUUUGGGGUACACUGGUGGGAAAGACAUUAUAUUACUUCCGCAGUCAGGAGGAGAAGUUUCCCCUGGGACAGAUUAAGCUCUGGGAAGCAAAAGUAGAGGAAGUAGAUCGGUCCUGUGACUCUGAUGAGGACUACGAAACCAGUGGACGCAGUCUGUUAUCCACACAUUACACCAUCGUCAUCCACCCCAAAGAACAGGAUCCCACAUAUAUACUCAUUGGAUCCAAACACGAAAAAGAUACGUGGCAUUACCAUUUAACCAUGGCAGCCGGAGUGACAGGAGCCACUGUGGGGACGGAGUUUGAGCAGUUGGUUUGCAAACUAUUGAGCCUGGAUGGAGAAUCAUGCACACAAGUGUGGAGACAUCCGACUCUGUGCCACAGCAAGGAAGCCAUAACCUCACCGCUUACCACUUUACCGUCAGAGGCGUUACAGACAGAAGCCAUCAAAUUAUUUAAGACCUGCCAGCUUUUCCUCAAUGCCGCAGUCGAUUCCCCCGCCAUAGACUAUCAUGUCUCCCUGGCUCAAAGCGCCCUGCAGGUCUGCCUCACCCAUCCGGAGCUCCAGAAUGAGAUCUACUGCCAGCUUAUCAAGCAGACAAGAUACAGGCAGCCGCACAACCAGCCCAGUCCUAUCCAGGGGUGGCAGCUCCUGGCCUUGUGUGUCGGCCUCUUCCUCCCUCAGCAUCCAUACAUCUGGCUCUUGAAACUUUUCCUGAAGAAGAAUGCGGAUGUCAGAACCGAGGCUGGAAAAUACGCUAUAUACUGCCAACGCUGUGUAGAAAGAACCCAACAAAAUGGAGACCGUGAAGCCAGACCUUCCCGGAUGGAAAUUCUUUCAAUUCUCCUUCGCAAUCCAUACCACCAUUCCUUGCCCUUCAGUAUACCUGUGCACUUCAUGAAUGGCACAUACCAGGUGGUGGGAUUUGAUGCAUCUACAACAGUAGAAGAAUUUCUUUGCACACUGAACCAAGACAUAGGUAUGAGGAACCCGGCACAGUCUGGAUUUGCUUUGUUCACCGAUGAUCCAUCAGGAAAGGAGCUUGAACAUUGUCUGCAAGGAAACAUCAAGAUUUGUGACAUCAUUUCAAAGUGGGAGCAGGCAUCCAAGGAGCAGCUACCUGGGAAAUGUGAUGGCACCCGGACUGUACGGCUCACGUAUAAGAACAGGCUGAGUUUCACUGUGCAGGUGCGAGGGGAGACGGAGAGAGAGAAACUGCUGUUAAUGUACCAGACGAAUGAUAAAAUCGUUAAUGGCAUCUUUCCAGUAAAUAAGGAGCUGGCACUGGAGCUGGCGGCUCUGCUGGCCCAGGUGGAAUGUGGAGAUUUUGAACGACCCCUCCAAGCCACAGCUAAUCAACUAAAGAUGACCCAGACACUGAGGCAAACACUGGAAAAAUUUUAUCCAAAGAGGUAUAGAGAGGACUGUACAGAGGAGCAGUUACGGCAGCUUAACCAACGGCUAGCAGCAAGAUGGAUGGCUCUCCGGGGUCACAGCACUUCAGACUGCGUGCGAAUAUAUCUUACGGUUGCAAGAAAGUGGACGUUCUUUGGUGCUACUCUUUUUCCAGCAAAACCUGUAUCCCCGACACCCUUUGAUGGAGCACUCGUCUGGCUGGCUGUACAUGAAGAUGGAAUAAGUGUUCUAGAAUAUGCCACUAUGAGGUUGCUGUUCACGUACGUACACAGGAGUCUAAUGACCUUCGGAGGUUACCGGGAUGACUUUAUGCUGGUAGUUAACACGCAGACAAAGGACAAGUCAACUGAAAAACUUCUGUUUGCCAUGGCAAAAGUAAAGAUUUUGGAGAUAACGCUGCUGAUUGCCAGCUACAUAAACACAACCCAACAGCAAAAAGUGGUCGCCCACCACCUCUCUGCGCCAGCUCUUCUCUCUGCCCAAGAAGAAUCGAAAAACAAACACAUGGGGAGCCAGCUGCUGCUGUCAAACAACCGACCAACUAAAGGGCCUACCUUAUUAUAGCGGAGAUAAAAACCGAACCAAUAAAUAAUAUUAAUAUAGUUAUGUAUAUAGACGCGUAGACCAAAAGAAGAUAAGAAACCUUGGGUCCAAUAGGUGGUAUCACGCUGCUUUCAAUAGUGGUUGUGUUUUAAUGGUGCCAUAAUAGGGAUGGCAGAGACAAGGUUCCCACAUCGCCUUACUGCUGCAUGUGUUCCUACUCGCCCUGCCUCAGGACUGCUAGUGGUCUGGGUGCUUAUGUAAUGGCAUAUCGAUGAUGUGUGUUCCUGAUUGGUUUAAGUAAAUGAAGGCCGAGGACAUCUUCUGAUACAACCAAUAAUUAGAAUUAAAUACGUUCCGGUAACACGACUGAAGGUUGCGAAGCGGAUAGGAGUUAUACUGCAUACAUUACUAGAGGAUGGUGCAGGUAUAAAUAAUGCGGCGCCAUCAGUUCUCUGCCUGUGUGUGGAGAUCAGAUCUUCAAAGCUUAUAUGAAUUUGCUGAUUGUAGAGCGUCUGACAUUUUGGAGGUCUUGCUUUUUUAAAAUAGGCUAAUCUCAGUACAGGAUUUACAUCUCAGGGGGUGAAGGUAGGGGUGCACCACCAUCAAUGAGGCCAGGUGAGGCGAUCGCCUCAGGCAGCACCAGGUAGGGGCAAGAAGGGGGCAGCCGAAGGGCCAUUAGGUUAAGACAUUGGCAUUGGGGGGGAGGGGGGGGGGGGGCGCUGUAUCAGUUUUUGCCUCAGGCAAUAGAAAGGCUAGGUGCACCCCUGGGUGUAGGCAGAGGCUUUCUGACACCCGACGAGCAGGUCCCAUCUUAAAGGCUUUGCAUCUUUUUCUUUUUUUACUUAUUGCAUGUAUUACGUGGAGAAAAAAAAAAUUCAGUCUUUUUUUUUUUAAGCAUUUUUUACCGUUUUUUCCUUCUACAGCUUGCAUGCAUUACAAUACAUUGCAAGCUGCGUGAUUCCUUUCCAUGUCAAACCCAACAGCCAGGCUCCCUGUCGGCACAAUCUCUUGCCUUCUUCUGAAUAUUUAUCUAAAUUUAAUUCUGAUCACAUCUUAUCCGCUGGAGACUAAAUGAACAUGGAAACCCAGCUGUGGGGAUUGGCACAGAAAAAAAAACAGGCAGCUUGCAAUGUAUUGUAACACAGCUGCAAAAUCAAACCAGUUAAAAAUGAUUAAAACCAAUCCCCAAAAGGUCACAUAAUACAUGCAAUGCACUUAAAAAAAAAAAAAAAAAGGUGCAGAGGUGUCCAAAUACUGUUCCAAAGUAAAGCGGAACAUUGCGGUGCGCUCCUACUAUAUC